UGACGUUGCACUCACGUCCUUGCGUCAACUCAAAAUCGAAGUAGAUCUCUCUCCAGGCGUAGCUACUCUCUUUUAUUUUCUGCAUUGCAAUAAACAUUUUGUACAUAAAUCCUUUUGAACAUGGCUUGUUCGAAACGACGGGAGCUGGACGCUGUAAAGGAAUACCCUUAAGGAUAAGGAACACCUCGUACGGGAUCGUAAUCUACGCUUCUGUCCAGCUAAGCUAACGUUAUAUUGCAUCUAUUAGCAGAAACUUGCUAGCUAAGAAGCUAACGCUAGCAGCUAGCCUGCCCUAGCGUCGAGCUAGCUAUGCUACUAGCACGUUAGCCUAGCUCGCUAACCCAGUGACAACUGACAAAGGCCACAGAUGAUGUGAUCCUGAACAUGCCAGAGUGAAAAACAAAGCUUUUCCUGUUUGUGUCAUUACCAACUACGACUGACGCACUUCAAGCCUCACUUCAUAAGACAUCUUCCCAGUGAUCCACACGGCAUCCCUGUCUGCAGUUCCUUCUGCACCUGAACCAUGUGAGGGCCCCUCGGUCCAGUCUGAGGGGAUCCCAGGACUGUUGUAAAUACGACCCCGCUGUGCGGGGUGAGACUGAACCUGUCUGUGUGAGAGAGCAGUCUUUCCAGUACACCCCUCCCCAUCCACACAUUCCCCGUUCUCCUUACCGAGGAGACACGCCAUGAUGUUCCGAGACCAGGUAGGUAUCCUCACAGAUUGGUUCAAGGGCUGGAAUGAGUGUGAACAGACGGUGGCACUGUUGUCCCUCCUGAAGAGGGUGUCCCGCACCCAGGCUCGCUUCUUACACAUCUGCCUUGAACACUGGCUGGCAGACUGCACAGAGAUGCACAUCCUAGAAGCUGAGGCCAACAAUGCAGCAAUUGUCAGCCAGUGGCAUCAGGAGCCAAAGGAGAAGGUUGUGUCCUUGCUGCUGUCCCACCUGCCUCUGCUGCAGCCGCGCAACAGUGAGGCCAAAUGUGAGUACAUGAAGCUGCUGCAGAAGGUGUUGAGUCACACUAUCGAGAGUAGCCUGUUUGUGGAAGAGAGCAGGCAGCUGCUGUCCUACGCGCUCAUCCACCCUGCCACCACACUGGAUGACCGCACCUCUCUGGCCAUGUGGCUAAACCACCUGGAGGAGCACCUAUCCAGUGGCUACGCUCCCCGGGCCCCAUCUAGUCCCUACCACCCACGUCAGGGCUCAGAUGAGUGGCCCAGCUCUGCUGAGGCGCUGGACCCCGGCCACGCCUGGCACGACCAGCCCCCCUCGUCCGGCACGUCUCCAGCAGGCCAGAACGGACACAUGUCUUUCCCAGGCGGGAUGUCCUCUCCCAUCAACAGCAAUAACACAGGUCUUGGAGGGCAGAUGCAGCCCAGCCCAUUGAAGAAGUCCAUGUCCGUUAUUCCUUCCGGUCCCCAGGCUUGUGGCUCUGAGUGGGUUAGUCAGGAUGACAUCGGGGGCCGGCAGAACUUCAUUCUAACAGACCACGCACCCCUUUCACCCCAGAGCAGCGUAGCCUCCUCAGGCAGCGAGCAGACAGAAGAACAAGGCUCUGCUCGCAACACCUUCCAGGAGGAUGGCAGUGGCAUGAAAGAUGUUCCCGCAUGGUUGAAGAGCCUCCGCCUUCAUAAAUAUGCAUCACUUUUCUCCCAGAUGACCUAUGAGGAGAUGAUGAUUCUCACAGAGCACCACCUGGAGUCGCAGGUUUUUAAGCCUCCCUUUUAUACACACCGGGGCUGGGCUUUGAUUACUCCGCCCUCCUUAUCAAUUAAUGUGACUAAAGGAGCACGGCAUAAGAUCGCCUUGAGUAUCCAGAAACUGCGAGAGAGGCAGAGUGUGCUCAAGUCUUUAGAAAAGGAUAUUUUGGAAGGGGGAAACCUGCGUAACGCCCUCCAAGAGCUGCAACAGAUCAUCAUCACACCCAUCAAGGCCUACAGCCCACCCAGUGCAGCACAGACGCUCCUGGAGACAGCCACCGCCCCGGACGCAGCCACCUCCCCUUCAGAAGCCACAAAAACAGGAGCAGACAAAGAGCCGGCCUCAGAGGGCUUCCAGUCCCACAACCCACCUCCCUGCGAUGGAGACUCCUCGGCCACACCCAUCUCAGACGGCGACAUUGCAGGACAGUUCACCCGCGUCAUGGGUAAAGUGUGCACCCAGCUGCUGGUGUCAAGGCCAGAUGAGGAGAAUAUCAGCUGUUACCUUCAGCUCAUUGAGAAGUGUCUGACACACGAGGCUUUCACAGAAACUCACAAGAAAAGGCUGGUCUCCUGGAAGCAGCAGGUCCUCAAACUGCUCCGCCUGUUCCCUCGGAAAGCUAUGCUGGACAUGCCUGUGUACCGACAGAAAGGCUGGACCUAUGGGUCCAACUCCCUCCCCACAGCAGGCUCUGUGAGUGGAGUUGUAGGGCGGCGGGGAACAAGGCAGUUCCAGAUGACUCCUCGUGGACUCACAACCGGACGCAUCGGCCUUCUGAGUCCCGGCGGGAUCGGGGGAGCAUCUCCACGCCACACACUCACUAAUCCUGCGCUGGCAGGCCAGGGUAGACAAAACCUGUGGUUUGCCAACCCCGGGGGCAGUAACAGCAUGCCAAGUCAGAGUCGCAGCUCUGUGCAGCGGACCCACUCACUCCCUGUCCACACUUCCCCACAAACCAUGCUCAUGUUCCAGCAGCAAGAAUGCCAAGUUCCAGGUGCUGACCUGGAGAUCAACCCCACGCUGGAGUCACUGUGCCUCAGUAUGACAGAGCAUGCCUUAGGGGAUGGAACAGACCGGACAUCGACAAUAUGAAAAGAAGAAAGGAAAAAAAUACACUUCAGUUGAGAGGCCUGUUCAGUUUCCUCAUCACCCAGCACAAAGAUAUACGUAUGCUUAAGAAUACCAGGCAAAGCAGUCACUACAAAAAUGACAAAAAAACUGUGUAUAUGUUCUCUAAUAUUUUUGUACUUUAUUAUAUACAACUAAGUUUAUUAAAAAUGGAAUACAGAUGAUUAUUAUAUUGCAGGACAGAGGAAAAAACAAAAAAAACAAACUGCUCCAUGUCACCUGCGGGACUGUGACAUGAUGUGCAGAGGCUCAGUUUGCCGUGGUCUGAGAGAAAAACGGUGGAUUGGUGCUGUCUUAAAGGGGCUCUGCCCUACGAGUUACUCUUCUUUUCCUCCUGCCUUGGAAGCAAGGCUUCUUUCCAGAACACACUGACAGCCACAGCCCCUGCACCACAUAAUGUUAAGAUUGAGAAAAAGUCCAGCCAGAAGUAAGGCACUUUUAUCAAAUGAUCUCUGUUGAUAUUAGCCACUAAACUGUAAUUCGGCCCUACGAUAUACACUCACCGAGGUUCCACUUGUAGACAGGUAUUGAUACACGGAUACCAAUACACUUCCUAGCCACCUUUAUUGUUCUAUAACCAGUGCUAGUGAGGGCUUGUGUUAUUGAAACUUAGACAGCUUUCCUUGGUUCUUUUUAUCCUCUCUAGAGGAAAUGUUUUUGUGGCAAAGGCAGAACCAAAAGGAUUGAGGAAAAGCUAGUAACUCAACCCUUUGUCUUGGUUGUUUUCCCUGCACACAGAGUCAAAGCAGAAGUGACUGUCCUCCUCUAAACGUCUACAAAGCCAAAGAGAAGGGUCGUGCGAUUGUUAAUUUGAGAAGGAUAUUUGUAGUGAAAUGCAACAGAAUGGUAUAAUUUUUUUUUUUUCAAAAAAGAACAGCAGUCCGAAUAAUUUAUGCCAGCUGCAAUUUGUCUCUGUUAUUUUAUGCCCUACUACAUAAAUGAUGAUGAAUCUCAUUUUGUGCCGAGGAAUCCCCAGAGGGGUGAAUAAGGGCCGGUGAGGUUCGUACAGCGCGAGAGCUGAUGUGAUAUUGAAUUGAUAAAAGCGAGGAGGGUAGAGUGUUUUCAAUUUACACUCUAAUGCCGGGUGAGCAAACUAAAUGAAACCCAUCUCAACCCUCUGGCCUCCUUAUGAUUGGCUCUGCUAAAAAUGAAGCUUGAUCUUGUAAUAAAUGCUCUGGAGCGCGGCGCCUCGCCCUCGCGGUGCCCUCUUUUCCUCAAACGGCCAACGUGACGAUUUGAUGAAUCAUACUUCUUCAAGGUGCUUGACAGUGUCCAUAUUUUCUGUUUGUGUCUCAAAAUGUGUUUCAGUCUCAGAACCCCCAACAUUAUCAUGUGGUAUCAGUGUUGAAUCGAAAAAACUUGUCUUAUACGGCCUCUGUCUUUGAAUGUGGCAGAGCGGAGGUGCAUGUAUGUGUAAUAUGGUCUUAACUUUUGGAUCACUCUUGGUUGCAUCAUAAGGCAGGGAUAACCAUUCACAUUUUAUUUCAGCAGAGCCAUAGGAGGUCUGUCUAGUAAAGAUGGUUAUUUACAGAUAUCUUUUCCAAUUGUAUUUUUUACUCUCCCUUGAUAUUGAUAACUUAUGCUUAUUUUCUAUAAUCGCAUGUUUUGCCACACUAAUACAGCACUGUUGUAGAUAGAGGACAUGGUGGUCGAUGGUGCCCCGGAGUCGCCAACAGCUAGAGAGCAGAAAUCUUGCAACUAACGUUGUAUGUUUAUACCGCCUAAAUGUCACUGUUUACAUCUCUCUGGGAUAAUGCCCCAAUUCAUGUUAUGUGAUGUCAUGAAUACUCCAUUGUCUCACUAUGUAACGCAUUAAAGAACUGACGCCUUCUCGCACAUGAGCUGGCUGGGUAGAGACUUAAAGCAAAAAGCCUUCUACCCCCAUAAUCCAUGGACUCCGUAUGAGUAGGUUUUUUUCAAAGUGAUACCUGUAUGAGGCAUGUAACGCCUGCUUUUUCUGGUCAUGCGGUGAUGAGAGAGAAUAGCUUUUCCUGGCCUUGUGAUUGAACUGUUAGCUGUCAUGUCCUGAUAAAACUGUUCAUGUGGUGCCUGAAAUGCACAGCUCCAGCAUCCUCAAUAUGUUUGAUUUGAUGGUCUUGAGUAGUAUUCUAGUCAUGGAUUUCUUCAGAGCAGGCUCUUGGAUAGAUCUGACUUACUAAAAAAAAAGCAUCACACUCACGCCCAAGUGAGUUAACAACGCUGACAACUUUAAGACUCGGCUAUCUUAUUUUUAACUCUUCACUAUACUGUAUAUCAAGUGUGUUAUGUUACAAAUGGCUCAGAUUAUCCUUUUCAUAGCCUCUGUAGCUUUGGACAGCCUACAUAUUAGUGCAGAUAGACAGAGUGGUACAGUGCAGCAGAUUUUUUGCAAGUGUCCUGUGCUUAAUGAAGACGCAGCAGGGGGAUGGCGAUGCUUUUCUGAGCCACAAAUGAUGUGAUUAUGAGUAAACAGAACACUAAUAACAGGCCAAGGAAUAUGUUUACUCCAUGUUUACAUUCCAGUGAUGCAUGAAAUGAGUUGAGGGGGAAAUGCACUUCACAAGUUCAGCCUGGUGUAUUUUUCACAUACCAAGCAUCCACUAGGAGGUACAGAGCCUGUGUCAUAUGGAGACGUCUACCAAGUGGUCCCCAAGAUCAUGUUAUAAAUGUCCCUGCCAGGCUUUAAUUGUUGAAUUAAUGCUGCCAGCUGUAGGCUAUACAUUGCAUAUAUUUGUCUUGUACAAUUUAUAUUUAAUUCUGAUGACUUCCCCCAGACAUUUUUCUAAUAUUUUAUGAACCCUUUUUGCAUCCCGUGCUUAACUCUACUUUUUUACUGUCACUCAUAAUGUGUGAAUGGUCCUGAAGUUGCAGCAUCCGUCGGAUCAUUGACAGUCGAAAUAAAGAGGUUCAGUUCUUUUUGCAACUUCA